AUGACUAUUCCAAAAGAAGUUACUUCAUCUGAUGAAGCUACAGAUUCAAAUGCUGUUCCAUAUUAUGUUCCAGAACCACCAGUCAAAGCAGGUACUUUUAAGGAAAAUGAAUCAGAUCCAAAUAAACCAGCACCAACUAUUUUCAAACCAUUAAAAGUUGGUCCAUUAACUUUACAAAAUAGAAUUGGUGUUUCUCCAAUGUGUCAAUAUUCAGCCGAUAAUGAAUUUAAAGCAACUCCUUAUCAUUUGAUUCAUUAUGGUUCAUUUUUAACAAGAGGUCCAGGUAUUACAGUUGUUGAAAGUACUUCAGUUAGUGAAUAUGGUGGAUUAAGUCCUCAUGAUUUAGGUAUAUGGACUGAUGAUCAAGCUAAAAGUUUAAAACCAAUUGUUGAUUAUGCACAUUCUCAAAAACAAUUAAUUAGUAUACAAUUAAAUCAUGGUGGUCGUAAAGCAAGUGGUCAACCAAUGUUUUUACAUUUGGAACAAUUAGCUGAUGAAUCAGUUGGUGGUUGGCCAGAUAAAGUUAAAGCACCUUCAGCUAUACCUUUCAGACCUCAUGGAAAUUUAGCAACUCCAAAAGAAUUAACCAUAAAAGAAAUUAAACAAAUUAUUGAAGAUUUUGGAGAUGCUGCCAAAAGAGCAGUAGAAAUUAGUGGAUUUGAUGUUAUUAGUCUUCAUGCUGCUCAUGGAUAUUUAGCUAAUGAAUUUUAUAGUCCUAUUGCAAACAAAAGAACUGAUGAAUAUGGUGGAUCAUUUGAAAAUAGAACUAGAUUUUUAAGUGAAGUCAUAGACAAUGUAAAAUCCAAAAUUGAUAUAACAAAAAUACCAAUUUUUGUUAGAAUAUCAGCCAAAGAAAACAGUCCAGAUCCAGAAUCUUGGAAUAUUGAAGAUAGUAAAAAAUUGGCAGAUAUUUUAAUUGAAAAGGGAGUAAGUUUAUUAGAUAUUUCUUCUGGAGGUAAUGAUUAUAGACAACCACCAAGAUCAGGAAUUAAACAUACAGAACCAAUUCAUGUUCCAUUAGCUCGUGAAAUUAAGCAACAUGUUGGUGAUAAAUUAUUAGUAUCAUGUGUUGGAGGAUUAGAAGCUAAUCCAGAACAAACUGCUAAAUUUAUUGAAGAUGGAGUAUUUGAUUUUGCAUUUAUUGGUAGAGGAUUUUUAAGAGAUCCUGGUUUAGUUUGGUCAUUUGCUGAUAAAUUAGGGGUUAGAUUAUAUCAAGCUUUACAAUUAGGUUGGGGAUUUUGGCCUAAUAAACAACAAAUUAUUGAUUUAAUUGAAAGAACUGAAAAUUUAAGUACAAAAGAUUAA